AUGUCAGAUAAUCAAUAUAACGCAAUCGAAGAUUACGGGUUGAUUGGUGAUAUGCACACGUGUGCUCUGGUGAGCAAGGGGGGCAGUUUGGAUUACAUGUGCUGGCCGGUGUUCGAUUCGCCUUCGGUAUUUUGCCGUCUGUUGGAUGACAAAAAGGGAGGCUUCUGGUCAAUUGACCCAUACAAAACCGUGGUCGACCCCCAUAGCAAACAGCGAUACUUGCCGUACUCGAACCUGUUGGAGACGCGAUGGACAAACGAAGAUGGUGUCGUGACCAUGCUGGAUUAUUUCCCGGUGACGCCCAAGAAAAGUGCUAUGUCAGGCCGACUGCUGUCUGGAUAUUGUCCAUGCAACGAUCCCGGUACCAACCGUUUCAAGUCUGGACUACAGCAUUCUGGCGUUCUGAGAAAGCUGGAAUGCAGUCGUGGAUCGAUGGAACUACAAGUUGAAAUGUUUCCUGCUUUCAACUAUGCACGAGAUUCGCACAACACUCGGGCCAAGUUAGAAAAUGAUAUGCAAAAACAUCGACUGCAGACGGUCCACUUCGAGAGUCCGACUGAGCGUCUAGAGCUUGAGAUAUUUGCCGACUCGAGAGAGCCAGACAAGCUGGGGUAUCCAAAGGCCAAUUUUACAUUGGAGGAACGACAAGGCUUGCAAGGCCGAGGAAUAGUCGCUUGGAUCAAGAUCUCUGAAGGACAGACCAUGCACUUCAUCUUGCACAGCCCCGAAAAGGCCAUGCCUAGUUCCGCAACCAUUGCUGCUUAUUUGGGCAAAAUGGAGGAAGAGACUUCUGACUAUUGGACGGAUUGGACUCGAAAAUGCGCAUUCCGAGGCCACUAUCGCGAGACCGUGGAGCGCAGUCUUUUAAUUCUAAAGUUGCUCACUUAUAAGCCAACAGGUGCGAUCGUGGCUGCGCCGACCUUCUCACUCCCAGAAAAUGUUGGCGGUUCCCGAAACUGGGAUUAUCGCUAUUCAUGGGUGCGAGACACAGCUUUCACGCUUUACGUCUUUCUGAAGAUGGGAUACAGUCGGGAGGCAGAAGCUUAUGUUAAUUUUAUCUUCGACCGGAUCUUCCCACAUGCAGCCAAGGAUGUUGAUCCCGAGAGCAAACGGCCCUUCCUUCCACUUAUGUUCACCAUCCGAGGGGAGUAUGACAUACCCGAGGUGGAACUGGAACAUCUCGACGGUUAUAAGGGAAGCAAGCCGGUCCGUGUCGGCAACGCCGCCGUCUUCCACACUCAGUUGGACAUCUAUGGCGAGCUGCUUGAUAGCAUCUAUCUCUACAACAAGCAUGGAAAUCCUAUCACUUACGAUCAGUGGUCUUCAAUUCGACGAAUGGUGAACUAUGUGAUUGGUGUUCGAAACCAAAAGGACAUGUCUAUUUGGGAGUCUCGUGGCCAGAUCCAGAAUUUCAUUUAUUCCAAGGUCAUGCUUUGGGUGGCACUUGAUCGCGGGAUUCGGCUUGCUGAGAAACGAUCCAGUCUGCCGUGUCCCGAUCGCUUCAAAUGGGUCCAAGUGCGCGAUGAGUUGUAUGAUGAGAUCAUGACCAGGGGCUUCAAUAACGAACGCCAGCAUUUCUGUCAAAGCUAUGAAAGUCCAGAGGUUCUCGAUGCCUCCAUCUUAAUUGCUCCUCUCGUCUUCUUUGUCGCACCAAAUGACCCGCGGUUUAUCAGCACCCUCAAGAAGAUUCUGCAAAGCCCCGAAAAAGAGGGGUUGUCAAGCGCUAAAAUGGUCUUUCGAUAUGACCAUCAAAAAGCUAAUGAUGGUGUUGGUGGUGGCGAGGGUGCCUUUAUCAUGGUUACCUUCUGGCUUGUCGAGGCCAUGGCUCGUGCCGCCAAGUUUGAUGUCCCGAUUCCGAAUAUGUGGAAGCUCGCUCUAUCCCAUUUCGACAAUAUCCUGUCCUAUUCAAACCACCUGGGAAUGUUCUCUGAAGAAGUGGCCAUUUCAGGCGAGCAGAUGGGCAACACACCCCAAGCCUUCAGUCAUCUGGCGUGUAUUAGUGCUGCCAUCAACCUAGAAAAACUGGGGCGAGGCUGA